UCUGAGCUGCCGUUGAUCCAGGGCGACACCAUAAGGUGCUGUCUACUUGCCGGUUUACGUGUGUGGUGUCAUGUAUUGUGUCCAUAUUGUUUAUCAUAUUGUUAACAGCCUCUGCAUGUCUACAUCGAGCGGCGUUUAGUGGCUUCUUCAGGGCUUUGGGAAUCAGAGAUGUUGCUUCCAUCACAAGUCGAGAGGAUAUGGAGACUGACAGACAAGCUGCAGAGGAUUUGACAACAACAGGAAGGCCUUACUGAGGCCAACGAUGGCCCUCGCUGAGCUGAAAUGGAGUUUAUUUCAGGCCGAAGCCCUCGUCUGCUCGCUGCUGGUCCUACCGUUCCUCCACACAGCCACGGGAAUGUCAGGGUGGGAUGGAUGUUUGGAUGGUCAGGAUGUGGUCACAGCGAUCAGAGAAAACAGCCAUUCAGGAGAAGUUGUUGCUGAACUCAUGGCUGAAACCACAAUGGACGGGGUUCACUGGCGCCUGGAUGGGAAAGAUGCUGAUUGGUUUUUCUUGGAUGAAGGGAGCAUCCGGCUGAACGCAUCAGCUGACAGGGUCCUCGACCGAGAGGCUCAGGGUCCUGUCCUAAUGGCUGAGUUAUCAUGUUACCAGGACGACGCACUUCAGAGCGUGUACAGGAUCAUGGUGGAGGUUCUCAAUGAGAACGAUAAUUCACCUGUGUUUGCAAAAGACGCGGCCCAGUCUCUUACUAUCAACGAGCUGACUCCAGUGAACACUGUGGUGUUCACUGUCCAGGCCAAAGAUGCAGAUAAUGACAAGAUCAUUUACUCCAUCGACCAGGCGUCACCGGAUGCAGAGUACUUCAGGGUUGAUCUCCCCAACAGUGGGCAGGUGAUCCUAUCCAGGCCCCUUGAUUAUGAGACCAAAACCCUGCUCACUGUCACCAUCCACGCCUCCGAAAUGAACACUGCUGAGCGCUUCAAUGCCAGCACCAAAAUGACCAUCAACGUCCAGGAUGGAGAUGACCAGUACCCACAGUUCGUGCCCUGCGAGCUCCUUUUCCAGGAUGAAACCAGUCGCAUCUGCACCAGUCCUUUGUACACAGUAAACGUCACAGAGGUGGAAGAGGACAUUGUGUUAGACUUCUGGCCUGGUCCCAUUCACGCUGUGGAUGGAGACAGAGGACUCAGCUCGCCGCUCAGCUACGCCAUUAUCUCAGGAAACGAUCAUGGGUGUUUCCUGAUGGACAGAGAAACGGGGGAGUUGAAAAUGAUUUGCGUAGUUGGAGACAGACUCACAACCCCAGAGCUGCAUCUACAGGUCAUGGCGUAUCAGGACGACGACCCUAGGAAGUAUUCUGUUGCCACGGUGUUGGUCAGAGUUCUGGCCGUGAACCAGUUUUAUCCAGAAUUUGACACAGCUGAAUAUCAAGGCUUUGUAACUGCCGGAAAGACCACGGCCUCUCUGGUCAACACUUAUGGAAGCAAAGCACUGGUGUUAAAAGUGCAAGAUCGAGACUUUAAGCACGGCUUCAAUCCCAUGAUCCACUUCACCUUCAGUCCUACAUCCAAUCACACAGAAAUCUACCAAAUCACACAGGAGGGCCUUCUGAUUGCCAGGACCAAUCAACUCCGACCAAAACAGAUCCACUUUCUAGAGGUAACGGCAAGAGACCAGGAGUCAGGCGAGGCCACAUUUGCCACUGUGGUGGUGGAAGUGUUAUCUGAAGGACAAUCAAUCCCCAACAGUUCACUGGGGGAUACGCAUCCGGUAAGCUGCACUUUGGGCAAAGCCAUGUUCCUGUGCAUGGUGUUCAUGUCCUUCCUCGGAUGCACCCUGUCUGUGGUGGUAUGGCUGAAGAGGAAACACAAGGGAAAGAGGAACCCACUGCAAAGAGGCUGCGUGGCUCAAGGAAAACACCCCAAUGUGAGCUUACGUUGGUUCCAACUGGUGAGUCACCGUAGCGGCAUGCCGCACACGGAGAAAGUACACCGCAACAAUGAAGAAUUUGGAACUUGCAACCCUUCCUUCAGCUUACUAGACAACCCCGUCAUCAACACCCACCAAGACCUGCCCUCAUACCGGGGACCCGCUCCGCCCAGGAAGGACGCUGCACCCGACGCCGGCUUCACCCCCACUGGCACCGCGACCAGCCCCGUGGUUGUCACUGAUGACGAUUCUACACCAAUCAAAUGCUCCUCCUGGUCACCCGCCUUUCACCCGGCCCCCGUGGACGUGACCCUCACGGGCAUGGCUCCACCCAAAGAAAAGCCUUCCGAGGCACCGCCCGACGUCAGCCCCGGCCCCGCAACCCCCGACGCCACCAGCACGCCAUCCGAUUCACGAACCGCAGAAACAACCGGCGAGGAGGAGCCUGGCGACCCUGACGCCAGCCCCUCCUCCGAAUGCAGUGUUCCAUGCAGCCACACCCGAAUCGCUUCCGCGGAAAUAGACAAACCUUUCCGCAAGCUCCGCGUGAAGACGCCCCCGUAUUCCCCUUUGCUGUCCUCACUGCCUCCCACGCAGACGGGCACACCCCUGUCCACCCCCGAGCGUGCACCUCUAAAGGCCAUGUUCGUGCAGAUAGAAACAUCUCCCCUCGACACACCUCCCGUAACUCCAGGGCCGUCGUCCGUGACUCCGAGCGCAGAGCCAGACCAACCCUCCACAUCCACGGACCCAAUAGAGGGGUCAGGACGCCCCAGCGGAGCUUCAGACGCCGGCGGUCCGUCUCAGGACCGGAGGCCAUCGACAAACGUGGGAAACAGGCUGGUCAUCCGCCGGCCGGGGGAGGUCGAUGAUGCUGAUGAUGAUGGUUUCCUGGGGGAUAAAGAUGCAGACAAGAACAAUGAGGAUGAGGAUAGCGAUGAGUUGGACCCAGACGACGAAGAGCUGCUGAGAGUGAUGGCUCGAUGUAAUCCCAUUUUUAUCACAUUUAGGAAGUGAUGCCACGAUGUGUUUUCAUUCAACCUGUUGCUUGUUUGACGUGAGUCGUAGCACACGGUACAGCGUAGCUAAUCGUUAACAAACAAAGCUCCACCUUACAGAUGAACUGCAAAAGAACUAACAAAAUGAUGCAUAUUUCAAGUAGAAUUUGCUCAUAAUAAAGCCUUUGCAUUUUCUGUCAUGCUAGCUACUAGUUCAUUACUUUGCGUGUAGCUGAGAAACGUUAAGAAGUAAUUCAGUGUAAACUCUAAAGCACACAAAGAGAAGAAUAUCUACUUCUCCAAUGUGUUACACCUAUGCUUCAUGCUAAGACUAAGGCUAAGCUCAAGCUUGGCUUGUUGGCAUCAAUGAACCUCAGAGCAUGCAUGUUUUAAACGCUGCGACAUGACAGCAACAACACCUCAAGUCUCUGGACUUUGGAUUCUGGACUGUACGGUUAACACGAGCUGUCCAAAACAAUCACCACACGUCAUCAACACGAGUUACAGGAUGUUUCAACCUAAAUAACCCAUACGGCCAAACCAUUCACAAAGGGUCUCGUGUUGUGCAAUGACUUUUGACUUGAACUCCUACUUAGAUAUUGGUGGGUGCAUGCAGAGUGCGGCGUACCUGGUGGCAAUACUUGCUUUCUUGGGGGUACUUUGGGGGCUUAAUUGAAUUGUGGAUGACAGCAAUAAAUAUGCAUUCAAUUUAAAUUUCCCAAUUGUUACGAAUGAAUGUUGGCAUAAAUGAAAGUCGGGAAACGUUGUUUAUAUUACAUUGUAUUUUUUUGAAUUUGAAAAACAAUUUGAAAUGUUACUCAAAUAAAACAUACACAUGUAGGCAACCGUUA